AUGGGUAAGCCAAAGCUGACGCCGGAACCCUUCGACCUUGUCGAACUUCUACAACAAACCUACGAUGACUCGCGCAUUAUCGUCUUCGUUUGCCUCAUAUCUUGGAUCGUUGGCCGUCUCGACCUCGGUUUAACCUGGUUGUUUUUCGUCCUUGCAGUGUGUCGGACUUAUGCAGUGGUUAAUCUAACCCGAGUCCAGCGUAUCGUCCGCGAUGAAUGCAGGCGAUACCACGCACAUAAAAUCCUCUCUCGCGGGGAGACUGUGGAAUGGGUAAACGGUGUUCUGCAACGUUUUUGGCACAUGUACCAGACUCAGAUUUGCGAUCAUAUUGUCCGCUACGUGAAUAACGGGCUGGCACGACGAGCCAUCACUGAGAAUGGAACAACCCCGCAGAAAGUAGUGAUUCAAUCUUUGGCUUUAAUCGACCUUCCGCUUCGGUUUACGCGGGUUCUUGUGCACCAGAAACCUUCCUCGCCGAACCUGAUCGUUGAGGGACAGUUUCAGGUAAACCUGGCACCGCAUCCCACCCAUCAUCACCUUAUCGAAAGUUCCGGACACCCUCUUAUCGAUCUUACGAUUGUCCAUGAUAAAAGUUCAGGGGAUUCUCACCAUCGGAAUCAUGAUUUGGCGGUGCAGGUGCGGCAGUUCAAGAGUACGGGAUCCCUGAAAAUGGAGCUAGACCUGGAGGGUGACCAUCCCGCUCUGCUACAGCCCCAGGUUGACCUUCAGGAGCACCCAAACAUGGACUGCACCAUCAAGUCGAUCAGCCAACAUCACUUUCCGCUUCAUUUUGCGCAUCAUGUGGACUGGAGGCGGGUGGUGGAACUGCAGUUGCGGGAGGGGUUGGGUUGGGCAUUCCACCGACCGCUAGCGCUGCCUUUCACACUGGGAGAGCGGUGGCUAUUCCGGGUAAUGACGUGGUGGUGGCAUGCUGUGAACUAG